AUGAUGCAAUACUAUCGACAAAUUAUUCUGUUCCUCCUCCUGGUAGUCUUCCAAUCGACACAAGCGUUCCAUGAAGAGCCUUCCGAAUCCGUCCGACGGCACCUGGCAACGAUCAGCGAAGAAGACGUGAUUGUCAUGCAGGCCGAAAUGGCGUGGGGAGCCCAAGAAAUGAAACGCUAUAAGACCCUUCGUGGCGACUGGCCGGUGCGAUCUUCCUUGGCCGGUCCAGGCGACAGUAACAACAAAGCCCAACAACAAUCCCACGACAACGGAGACUCCACGCUCUUUCGUGGUGGCAGUAGUCAACAACAAGAAUCCGGAGAACCACACCAUGACUAUUGGAAUUAUUUGGUUUCCAUGUUCUAA